AUGGCUUCACAAAAAAUGAUCGUUGCUCUCUUCGUAGCAAUCGCAAUCUCAGGCUGUUUGGGAGGCCCUUCAGUUCCCGCAGUCCCAGCAGCCUUAGCUGCUGUACCAGCAGCAUACUCUGUCCCAUACGCCUCAUCUUACACCGCUAGUGUAGUUAACCAUGGUAUCGCCGCUCCCGUUGUUGCCGCUCCCGUCGCUGCUCCUUUGGUCGCCGCCCCUGCGAGAGUUGCAGCUCCACUUGUAGCUCCUGCAGCUGUUCCCGCUGCAUACGCUGCCCUUCCAGCAGCAUACAACGCUCUUCCUGCUGCUUACAGCGCAUAUCCUGCUGCCUACAGUGCUCUUCCAGCUGCAUACAGUGCUUUUCCAGCUGCAUACAGCGCUCUUCCAGCUGCAUACAGCGCUCUACCCGCAGCUGCUCCUUUAGUAGUCAGGAAGUAAGCGAAUUAAAGGAUAUUUGACCAAAUACAACAAACCAACUAUUAU